AUGGGCAGUGUUCGCUAUAUGUUACCACCUUCAGAACCGAAAUUGAGAGUCAUGGAAGCUCUGGAUCAAGAAUAUCAAGACUUGUGCAAUCGGGAGAAUCACAUUGUGUCGCUUUUGGAACGUUGCACCAAGGAAGAAAUGGUACUUCAAACUGCAUUGAUAAUGGCCGAGAAAAAAUCUGAUGUAUCCCAACCUCCAAGUAGGCAAAAUCAGGAAAGGGAGGCACUGAAACGGUUGGAAGAAGCGCUGAUGGGCGAGAGUAGCGGCGAUGAUGAUUCUUCUCCCCCUUAA